GCGGCUGCCAAGUGACAACGCGUUUUACUGUAUUAAAUGCUUUUCAAUUUUGUGUUUGUUACAUGAUUAUUUCUAGCAAAUAAUUCGCAAAGCAAGAUAAUUGUUUUAUUUUUUUUUCCGAAUAUUUCGUGAUAUUCCGUCUGACAUAGCAAUUCAAUCGUUUCUCGAAGAAAAUCAUCGCAUUGUAUUAAAAACAUUAAAAUUAGUUCAGUUGAACUAGUUUCUAUGUAUUAUAGUGGACGUUAAACACUUUAGGAAGUACAGAUUACGUAUAUCACUCCGGGCAUUUCAGUAAAUACAUUGCGAGAAGAAAUGCGGACAAUAUGUGGAUUUGGUGCAACAGGACCAACUCAGUUUACAAUGAAAUGGAUUGAUGAUGAAGGAGAUCCAUGCAGGAUUGCUACUCAGCAUGAACUAGAUGAAGCAUUGCGUCUGUAUAAGGUGGAGAAGGAUACUGAAAUAACUAUACAUGGUAAGUAUUUCUUUUAAUUGUAUGUUGGAAAAAAUAUAUGUGUGUGUGUAUAUAUAUAGUUAGUGUAUAAAUAGCACAAAAUAAUUGUUUAAUAUAACAACAUUUCUUUUUUACUGUGAAUUAAAAUAUAAUAUAAUCUUAUUAUUUUAAUAAAGUUAUAGAUUAUAUUAGAAAUUUACUUUUUAUGUUUGGACAAAAUAUAUUAUAUAUAUAUAUAUAGCACUUUUUCAAACAAGAGUAUAUAUUAAUUAUACAAAUAUUCAUGAUAGACAAUAUUUUUUGUUUCAAUAAAUUUUAAUUUUAUUACUUUUAUUGAAAAGAAUACUCAAAAAUACAUUAUCAAAUAUAUGAAAUUAAAAUUUUUAGAGUGCAAUAAAUAA